CCCGUCGGCGCGCUCGAUCUCUCGUCCAGCGACUGCUCUGGCCUAGCGCGGGGCUCGCUUAGUGCUGCCUGCCCGCCUGCACGUGCGCCACAGCCAUGGCGGCCUCCAUGAGCGCCGGGAGCGCCGCUCCGGCUCCUGUUGCAGCCCAAGGCCCCAGGCGGCGAGCGGCGCAGCAGGUCCCCGAGGAGAUCCUCAGUAACGUGGAGCUGCGGGAGGCAGCAGAGGCUCUGCCCCGAAACUACAACUUUGAGAUCCCCAAGACCAUCUGGCGGAUCCGACAGGCUCAGGCCAAGAAGGUGGCCCUGCAGAUGCCAGAAGGGCUUCUUAUGUUCGCCUGCACCAUCGCGGACAUCAUUGAGCGGUUUACAGAGGCAGAGGCGGUGGUGAUGGGCGACGUGACCUACGGCGCAUGCUGCGUGGAUGACUACACGGCCCGGGCCCUGGGCGCUGACUUCUUGGUGCACUAUGGACACAGCUGCCUGAUUCCCAUUGAUGCCACACAGGGGCUGAAGAUGCUCUAUGUGUUCGUGGACAUAAAGAUCGACACAUCCCAUUUCCUGGAGACCAUUCGCUACAACUUUGCAGCGGGCACCUCCCUGGCCCUCGUCAGCACUAUCCAGUUCGUCUCCACGCUGCAGGCAGCGUCACAGGAGCUGCGUUCCCAGUACAAGGUGUGUGUGCCCCAAUGCAAGCCGCUGUCUCCAGGGGAGAUCCUGGGCUGCACUUCGCCCCGGCUUGCCCAGGACACAGAUGCCAUUGUGUACUUGGGUGAUGGGCGCUUCCACCUGGAAUCCAUCAUGAUCGCCAACCCAGGGAUACCUGCCUACAGGUACGAUCCCUACAGCAAGGUCUUCUCUCAGGAACACUACGACCACGAGCGCAUGCGCUGCGCUCGGCAGGACGCCAUCCGCACCGCCGCCAGCGCCCGCUGCUGGGGCCUCAUCUUGGGCACGCUGGGGCGGCAGGGCUCCCUCGGCAUCCUGCAGCACCUGGAGUGCCGUCUCCAUGCCCUUGGCCGGCCCUUUGUGCGGGUGCUGCUGUCCGAGAUCUUCCCCAGCAAGCUGCGGCUCUUCCCUGACGUGGAUGUGUGGGUGCAGGUGGCCUGUCCCCGCCUCUCCAUCGACUGGGGAGAAGCCUUCGGCAAGCCACUGCUGACCCCCUAUGAGGCCGCGGUGGCUCUCCAGGACAUCGAGUGGCAACAGCCGUACCCCAUGGACUUCUACGCCAGCCAGUCCCUGGGGCCGUGGACAGUGAACCACGCUGGCACGCAGCCUCUGCACCAUGGCCGGCCGGCCCAGGGAAAGCAGCCUCCGCCCCCCAUCUCAACGGAGGUCAAAGAGGGGCCGAGCACCGCGGACCCAGCGGCCCCGUGAAUGCAGCCUGCACCCCGUCCCGCUGCCGCCGUGCUCCGGGACCCCCGGUACCGGCACCGGAAUGGAUGGAAACGCAUCCCGUGCCUCGAUGACAGCGCUGCCCGCAGGGACCGGCCCGUCUGCCCGCGGGGAACGCUGCCCU